UAUUCAGCUCUGCAUGCCCGUCCCUAGAUUUACAUGGUGCACAUUCUUAGACAAAUGUGUGUUUCUCUAAACCUGUAAAUGUUCUUAAUGCAAAAUUGUAUAGUAUAAUCAGCUUUAUGUUCUUUUUUGCCCUCGAUAUUUUUCUCAAGGUAUCUCACCAGCAGCCAAACAUACGCGUUUUAUUAUAUUUACAAUAUUAAUGUGUUAACGUUACAGAUUCAAAUUCCGGGAUGUGUGAAAAAUAAUAAGACUGACUUGUUACUAUUUAAAUUCUGAGAAGGGCACAACCCUAAGACGUGUCACUCGGUCUGGUAUCUGUGGCACGAUAGAAAACGGGAACUGAACAACCAACAGCAAAACUAGAAAAACAGCUUUUAAUAAAUCCAGCGAUGCGAUGCGGUGACUGUAGAACCUUUGCAGUGUGGCUCACGCCAGUUUCGAACCGGAGCACUCAGGUUUUCUUUCGAACACAGCGGAGACGUUCCUCUGUUUUCGAUAGACGAUCUUUCGGGUUCCUCAGUUCAAAUGAGUCGCAUCGCUCCCGCGCAAGUUUCCGGGUUUUUCCUCCUCUUCGAUUCCUAGCAACGCUUCUUGGAUACGAGCGAAACGCGCUCGCAGUGGCGGACUGGCAUCAGCAACAUGGAACCUCCAGCGGGGAGGGCUGCACCUCCCCAGUUGCCAGCAGAUGGAAAUGCGACUCAUUCAUUCUUGAAUAAACCUGGAGCCCAAAGUCCUGGACGUGCCAGUCGGGACCAGAGGCGGGUCAGGCUGGAAACGGAUGGAUGGGAGCUUCAACAGCCGUGGGGGCUCUCUUUACGGCCAGAAUUCCAGGACAGUAACUUGUCCCCAGCGCUUUCGCUGUUGCCUUCAAACUCUGAUGUGGAACCAAACUUCACUGAAUAUUCUUUAUUCCAACAAAGUGACAAUGAAUUUGCCCCUUUAAGUGCGUACCCUGACGUUUCUGUGGCAUCAGAGAGAUUUCACGUUGCACCCCAGGAUGGCACCACUCAGGCCUCUGAGUGUGGGUCUCUGUCCCAGCACCCUUUGGCCCAGGCCACCAUCCUGUCUGAAGGAGCGAGCAGCUGCUGCUCUCUUUCCCAGCACAGUGUGUCACUAAACGAAAGCAGGCGGGAGGAAACCGUUCACUCCCCACCCUUCACUGACAGACCGGGAGUACAAUCCAGAGAUGAUGCCAGCAGCAGAGAGAAGGACAUUGAGUCCCUAAAGGACGAUCUGGAUAAGAAAGUAGGAGCUGCUGCUGAAGAUGAGACACUCUUCCUGCGGAAGGAUAUUCUGGCCCAGCGUCUUCUGGAACUCCUUGAAAAAGACAUCGGCAUGCCAAGCAGCAGCAGUAGUGCGUUCAGCUCCACCUCACAGACCUCAGUGAAGGCCGCUGCAUCUCACGCUGACGAAUCUAAAAGCCCUAGAGUUUGUAAACCAGCCACUGACCAGAGCAUGGUGAGAAGAGAAGGUCCUCCGGGUGAAGCGUCUCGUCCCCGGCAGCAGACACAGCAACCCGACAAAGAUUUACCGCCGGACACAUCACACACACUGUCGUCUGAGACCUCCAACAUCACCAUGGGGUCCCGUAGCACUAUACCCGAUGAAAGUAGUGAUCUGCUACACAGAGAGCUGCUGUCUGAGGUAGAGAGGCGCAGCAGCCGUGAAGCUGGAUCUAAAAAUCAGCAGCGGAAAUGUCCGACAUCAGCCGGUCAAUCCGUCACACCGUAUCCCACAGGGAGGAUCGAAGGCAAGCAGAGCGUGACCAGAACAAAUAUGGGUGGCCUGCAAUGGACGGGAGCGUUUUCAGCAGGAGUCGAAGAGGGUCACAGGGAGCAAGACCUCUGGUUCAAAGGGAACCAAACUGGGAUUGAUGGCUCCUAUCUGGGUUACCUGCCACAGUCUCAGUCCACUCCGGGUUUUUUUAAAGCUCCACCAAAAUCUAGUGUCAAGGCUAAAUUAGGGCAACUCUCUGCCAUAGAAUCUGAUAAAGGCAACUCUUCUCAGUCAACAACAGGAAUAUCUCUACAGCAGGAUGUUCCUAUGGCUGAUGUCCAUCCUAAAGACAAAGCAAAUCAGAGCCAAGAGGAGGCUUCUUCCACAGAAGUCCAGUCCCUCCCAAGUCUCAACUAUAUACAGAAAGUAGACGCCUGGAGGGCAAAUCAGAGUUCAGGCAAGACGUCGCUAUUUGAUAGCUUGCCACUUCAAGGGUUUCCCGGCAUCCCGCCUAAAAAGACCGCUUACGAGGCCGUAUCGGACCCCCUGAAUCCCACCCUGAGUCAGCGGGUGAGUUUAAAACAGCCUCCUGUUUCAAGUUCUGUCAAUCCAAAUGUCACACAGAGCUCGUCCACAGCUCCCUCUGGCUCUCCCAGAAGAAGAGGGGAGGCGGUGGGCGGCGCUCCAAGUGACAAAGAUAACACCGGGUCCACAACGAGACCCUCUGCCUCGGCCUUUGGGCGGUCACAGUGCCAAUCUUCUCCCAGCACCACUGUCAUGUCGGCCCAGAAGGAUCCGCAGAAUAAAAGACCUGCAGAAGAAGAGAACCGUCCGAUGCAGGAUGACGUGCAUCAUCAGCCAAGCGCCACAGUUCCACCGUGGCCUCGCCUCAGCCUCGGUCACUUCAGUGACGUGUCGCUUGAUCAACAUUUUACACUCUCAAGCUCGCAGGGUAGUUACAACAGCGGAGUGAAAUUAGGCCCUUCGGUUGGAGCGUCUUCAGUCGUCAGCCUGGAGAUCGACAACUACGCGCCCCACUGGACUUCAAUGCCGCCGACGCCCCCCCCUCUGCCCAGGCCUCAAGAGUUCAACAUCGAAGAGCGAAUUCCGUUGUAUCUGCGUAACCUGGGUAUUGACCAGUCGCCCUCAACCAUUUUAACUCCAUUCACGCGCCGAGGGCCAAUCAGGGAGCCCGAAUUCUCUCCCACUGAUCUCUGUACGGUCAAAGGAUCCGUCUGCACGCCCACCAAGAGCACUCAGACCUCAGAAGCUGUCAGUCCCAAUAAAGGAGAGUUUUCAGGCUCCAGCAUUCAGUCAGUGGACUCCAGUGCGUCUGCGCCGUGCAGCCUGGACAUUCUUGGCCUCGGUGCAUCCGUCCCUGACUGGACCAGGCGGGCGUCUCCUUCUUCACACACGGAAGCUAUUCAGAGUGAACGCAGAAGUGCGCCUGAUGAAGACUCUUAUCCUUCCACGCAGCAACAUCACACAGACAGCAGCUUAACCAGCAGCCGGAUGACCGUCCAGCUGGGAGCCCGGGUGGACUCUGACCCCUCGUUAGCUUCAGAAGUAAGGAGCGUGGAUCGAGACUCUCCGUCUCCCUUUCAAACGAGCCGUGGUUCUGGGCAAAGACCAGAGCUUUCUGCUGCCGACUCCACGGCUUUGUUGGAGCUGCGUAAGCUGCUCUCUCAGUCGGACAACGAGUCGUCUGCCGGGUCUUCUGAAGCUUCCUCCGCUGCAGCGCGCCAUCUGCUUUCUGAAGACAACAUCUUCCUCUCACUGAGGAAGAGAACCAGCGGGCUCCAGGACUCCUCGUUCUCCUCCUCCUCUGCCGCUGAGGAUCCCAGAGCUCAACCCUCCCUUCUGUGGGCCAGGUCCUCGUCCGAGUCCAUGCUGCUCUCAGAGAAGCGGAGAGAAGGCUCAGUUGGUCAGGAGAGUUUGUCGUCUUCGGGGCGACCUCGGAACUCGUCCACACAAGCUCUCGUGACUGCACCUGCGGUAGAUACAUACAGAAGACCACACGAUGGCGCUGUUGGUAGAGGUUCAGAGCCGUCCAUUGCCCUCUCGCAAUCAGCCCGGCGGGCAGAACCCGAGGGCUGCAGCGCGGCGCCCCCUGACACCGCCCCACCAGCCCUCGCCCCUCCGCCAGAUUCCAGCACACAGCAGCCCACGUCUACUCCUGCAGACGCGGAGGAGGAGGAACAGACGAGCCCGGAAGGUCCUGGACAGAGCAGCACCUUGGAGGACACCGAUCAGGGCGGGAUGAGCGAUGGGAGCAGUCAGAGCUCGCUGGCAAUACGGGUGGCCCAGUUGCUGCAGAGUGAAUCUCCAGCCACGAUGGUGUCCAGUACAACCAGCACCAAGGACCACGAGGAGGGCAGAGCCAGAGAGUGGAUUAAACUGAAGAUAUCAGGACAGAAGUGUGAGACUCUGGAGUUGGACAAAGAAGACAGAAUGAGGAUUGAAGAGAUCAAGAGGGAGCUGCUUUUAAAAAAUCCAAUAACGAGUCAGGGGAGCACCGAUUCGGAGAGCAGCGCAUCGUCCAGCGUCCUGAAGGGGGAGGACCCGACCCAGCGGGCGGCGGCGCUCACUCCCCCAGGCGGCGCCAACACGCCGCGGGGCCCCGUCGAACCUCAACCACCUCUCCGCCCAAACCUAGAGGCUCAGAUACGUGAGAUCGCAGCCAGAGAGGGGGUGACCCUCGCUAGGACCAACCCUCAGCCCCUCACAUCCCCCUCCACGUCGCCUGCGCCUCCCCCCAGUCCAGCGCCGGGGCUGCUCCACCUAGCCGAACUCUGCGCUGCUGCCGCUGGACUCCCCGCAGUCAACGCGGCGCUCCCCGCUUCCGUGGACGGAGAGGAGGGGGAGGCGUCGGCCCGCGAGCCGAGCAGCACCCCGACUCCUCUCUCGGCACCGGCGCAUCAGAAGAGACAAGACACUGUAGGAGGCCAGAUUGAAGCCCCUCCCCCUUAUGCGCUGGGUUUAAGCAGAGAGCACGUGGACUCUGAAGACGACAACGCACCGUCUUUCAGGCGAGAGGACAAGUUAUCCGCUAGGGACAGCUCUGUUUCCGGUGUUUCAUCCGCAUCUGAACCCGGGGCCAGGACGGGCCACGUGUCCCAUGUCCAUCUCACUCUGUCCCCCAAAGCCACCGAUCGCAGCUCGUCCCCCGCUGUCCACUCGGAUCUCGUCGGUGCCGUUACAGAUCCGCGGCGUAAAGAGUUUGUCUCCCUCAGGCACUCUGCAGCCAGCAGUCCGGACGAAGGGGUCGGUUUGUCCAGUCCGCCGGAGUGGAGCGACAGCAGAGGGCCAAUGAGACAGCGGGCGACUGAAAGAACGGAGACGUCCACCCGGUUCAAAAGCGCCGCGCCUCAGGGACGGACGACCUCCACGUCUACACAAUCCUUCAAACCGCGUCACAGAGUCGUUGUGUCACCGAGACCGUCCACUACCGACGCACCAGCGGUGCCUGUUCUCUUACCUUAUAAACCCCGAGGAAGUGAGGAGCUUUUCUACGUCCCUCAAACAGAAGCUCACGUCUCCUCCACCGAGGACACCACCAUGGAGAGCUCUCACACCGGCUCAGACGACGCUGUGCCGCCGCGCUUCAGCAGCGAGGUCCUCGGCCACAGAGACGCCGGGUUGGACCGGGGGGUCACCAUCACGCACUCGGAGGGCAUCUACAGCAAGAGGCGCGAAACAGCCGCCUUCAAAAUGCCCGAACCGCGACUCCGAGAAGGAACCGGGACUCAUUCGCUUAAACCGUCUCCUCGGAAGUCCGUUGCCUUCACCAGAGGCCCUUUAUCGAGCAACCUGGAGGCCGCUAACAGAGACCAGGGCACCGGCCCGGUGGUGUUCCCCAGUUCUGAUCAGUCAGAGCGAGGCCGCGUGAGGUUUCAACCGGUCCACGUGGACUACGACCGGGCCGAGGCCGGAGGGGAUCCGGACCAGGAGAGGCGGGACCGUCCCGUCCCUCACACGGCGGCCCAGAGGAGCAGCGCUCUGGACCGGCUGUGGGAGAGGUUCUGUAACCAGUGGAGCCCGGAGGAGUCCCGCCCGCCCGGCCACAGCGACGCCUCGCUGCUGGAGCGGCUGGAGCGCCUCUCCCGUCUCAUUCACGGCCGCAGGGACAUGUCAGAAGGACAAGAGGACAAGCCAGGGAGGGAGGGGGAGGUGUGGAGGGGCGCGGAGGUCACAGCAGGGAGGGAGGACAAGGGGGGGGACCCCGUCUCUCUACCGGCCCGCAGGCCGAGGCUUCAGGUGGCGGAAACGCCUCGGCCUGCGGACGAGGACAGCUCGUCCUCGCAGAGUCAGCACCUCUGUCCAGCAGACAGAGACCAGUCAGAGACCGUGUCCACCGCCUCCAUGUCCACGGUGGACACGGACCGGCUGAUCCGAGCGUUCGGCGCCCACAGAGUCCAGCGCCUGAAAGCGAGUUCCAGCCUCAGUAAACUGUACGGCGCCAUCGACGGGCAGAAAGAAGAGCGGCAGCAGAGGAGAGGACACAGAGAGACGCACGUCAUCACGCUCUCAGAGACCACCGGCACUGAUGAAUCCACAGUUGCUGCAGAUUCUACAACAUCAACCAGCACCUCCAGCCGGCCGUCGCCCGGCGCCCCCCUCCGGACUCAGAGAGCCAAGCGGGCCGUCCAGCUGGUCAGCAAAGGCAUCCAGGCGGGUGACCUGGAGAUCGUCAGAAACGGAACCCGGCGCCACACAAGAGAUGUUGGAACCACAUUCCCGUCUCCCGGUGAGGCCAGGACGUCCCGCCAGACAGGACGAGGAGGACGGAGGAGCCCACCAGAGACUUACCCUGAAGGCGUCUCCUGGUUCAUCUCUGCUGACGACCUGCGGUCAGAGGCGAGGAAGGAGAACCGGCCGGAGGAAGAGGAGUGGACCGGGAGGCCGAGCACCGCCUGGUUCGAAGCGUACAGCAGAAUCGACCCAUGGAGGGAACCGCUGAGGCAGAGACAAGUCCACGAGGACAGAAACCAUCACGCCCAAACCGAGGUGGAUCCAAGGACCAAACCGAUGUCCUCUGGUCUGACCCGCCUCUCUCUUCAGGAGGCUCUGGAGAUGCACCGUCCACAGUUCCUCUCUCAGUCCAGGCGGCGGGUGAAGCGCUUGGCUCUGCAGGCGGAGGAGAGGAAGCUACAGGAAGCCUUCAGCAGAGAGAGAGACCCACUCUUCACCCGGCCUGGAGGACCAGGGAGGCUGCUGCAGCCCGCAGGCGCCGCUGUGCUCAGGAGGGCGGUUCCCAGAAGAGAGAUGAUACUGAGAUCCAAACAGAUUUAUGAGACCCUUCCAGAGGUGCAGCGGAGGAGGGAGGACGAGAGAAGGAAAGCCGAGUAUCGAUCCUACCGGCUGAACGCGCAGCUCUACAACAAGAGGAUCACCAACCACGUCCUGGGCAGAAGAACACUGUGGCACUGAUUAAAUCUGUGGAAACAUUUUUACACUUUGUAUACCAAAAUUAAAGUUUUUAUUUAUUUGC